AUGUUGGUCUAUCAGGAUCUGAUCUCUGGUGACGAGCUGCUGUCCGACUCCUUUGAGGCCAAGGAGAUCCAGAACGGCAUCUUCUAUGAAGUCGAGGGGAAGUGGGUGGUAAAGGGUGGUAUUGAGGUGGACAUCGGAGCCAACCCCUCUGCUGAGGGUGGCGAGGAGGAGGCUGUGGAGGAGCAGUCCGAGAAGGAACAACCAGCGUUCGACAAGAAGGCGUUCGCCGGUUACCUGAAGGUUUACGCCCAGAAGCUCGCCGGCCUGAUGCCCGCUGAGAGGGGGACGCAGUUCAGGGCGGACUCGCCUGCCGCUUGCAAGUGGCUCAUGUCCAAGCUCGCUGAUCUGCAGUUGUACGUUUUAAGCCUGAAACUUCUCCGACUCCCUUGUCUUUUCCUUUUCCUUCCCCGUCCUCACCUCCCCCCCACGCUCCCCCUUCCCUUACCACGUUCUCUUUCUUAG